AUGGCGUUGUAUCUCGAGAAUGCCUAUAGCCUGGUGCACCAGGAUAAUUCUGCCGACCAGCCGACGCUUCAGGAGCUGAAGACUCAAUUAGAAAAGGGAACAGACGAGUCGAAAAUGGACACUAUGCGGAGAAUUCUGACAAUUAUGCUGAACGGCGAUCCAAUGCCCCAACUACUCAUGCACAUUAUUCGAUUCGUCAUGCCUUCGAAAUGCAAGCCUCUGAAAAAGCUACUUUACUUCUAUUACGAGAUCUGCCCAAAAUUAGAUGCUAGCGGGAAGCUGAAGCAGGAAAUGAUAUUGGUCUGCAAUGGCAUUCGAAACGACCUCCAACAUCCCAACGAAUACAUUCGAGGGAAUACCCUCCGAUUUCUAUGUAAAUUACGAGAACCCGAGCUCUUAGAGCCACUGCUUUCCUCAGCUCGUUUGUGCUUAGACUACCGACAUGCGUAUGUGCGAAAGAGUGCCGUUUGGGCCAUUGCAUCCAUAUUCCAGCACUCCGAAACCCUUAUUCCAGAUGCUCCGGACCUUUUAUUUUCUUUUCUCGAGGAAGAAGCCGAUCGCACCUGCAAACGUAACGCUUUCGCUGCGUUGCUCAGUAUUAGCCAUCAAAAAGCCCUUGAGUACCUUAACCGGACAUUGGACGGUUUUCCACACACCGAUGAACUGCUUCAAUUGGCCGGGCUUGAAUUUAUCAGAAAGGAUGCUCUUCAAAAUUCUCAAAAUAAGGCAAUAGUAUAUGAAGCUGCCACGUCGUUAACAGCUCUGACCUCGAACCCUGUUGCAGUCAAAGCGGCCGCCGCCAAAUUAAUCGAACUGAGCAUCAGAGAGCCUGAUAACAAUGUCAAACUGAUCGUUCUAGAUAGAGUAGAUCAACUCCGUGUUCGAAAUGAAGGCGUAUUGGAGGAUCUUACCAUGGAAAUCUUGCGCGUCUUGUCCAGUCCCGAUAUCGAUGUACGACGGAAAGCUUUAGGUAUCGCCCUUGAGAUGAUAUCAAGCAAAAAUGUCGAAGAAAUUGUUUUACUUUUGAAGAAAGAACUCUCAAAGACUGUCGAUGAACAAUACGAGAAGAAUAAUGAAUACCGACAGCUGCUCAUCCAAUCAAUACAUCAAUGCGCCAUCAAAUUUUCAGAGAUUGCCGCGAGUGUCGUUGAUCUCCUCAUGGAUUUUAUUGCAGAUCUUAACAACAAUUCUGCUAUUGGGGUCAUUACAUUUGUCAAGGAAGUCGUGGAGAAAUUCCCAAAUCUACGACAGUCGAUCCUAGAACGCUUAGUCUCCACACUAAGAGAAGUUCGGACUGGGAGAGUCUAUCGUGGUGUUCUCUGGGUUAUCGGUGAAUACUCCCUUGAGCAGAACGAUAUUCGAGAAGCUUGGAAACAUAUCAGAGCUAGUUUAGGGGAAAUUCCAAUAUUAGCAUCUGAACAGAGGUUGUUGGAUGAAGAUCUUGAUGAAGCUGCACUGGGAAAUGAACAGAUCAAUGGCUACUCGAAGCCAUCAACAGCACCCAAAGUUUUAGCAGAUGGUACUUAUGCACAAGAAACAGCUCUAACCAGCCAAUCUGCAGCAGCCACUAAGCUAGAAGCUGUGAAGGCUGCACACAAACCCCCUCUUCGUCAACUUAUUCUUGAUGGCGACUAUUUUCUAGCCACAGUACUUUCAUCCACCUUAACUAAGCUUGUUAUGCGCCACUCAGAUGUUUCACAAGACACUUCUCGUACUAAUGCUCUUCAGGCUGAAGCUAUGCUGAUUAUGAUCUCUAUUCUUCAAGUUGGUCAAUCACAAUUUGUCAAAGCUCAUAUUGAUGAAGACUCAGUUGACCGUAUCAUGUCCUGUGUCCAAUCACUAGCAGAAUUCACCAAAGAAAAGGAACUUGAAGUUAUGUUCUUAGAAGACACCCGGCAAGCUUUCCGUGCAAUGGUUCAGGUGGAAGAAAGAAAGAGAGAAGCAAAAGAAGCUGUAGAGAAAGCGAAAGCUGCUGUACAAGUAGACAGCAUGAUACCCAUCAGACAAUUUGCCAGAAAGUCAGCAGGAGAUGAUGGUGAUGAAAUGGAACUUGAUUUGGCAAAAGCUACAGGGGGAGAUUCAGCCUUAGAAGAUAUCUCCUCAAAACUAAGCACAGUCAUCCAGCUUACCGGCUAUUCAGAUUCAGUAUACGCGGAGGCUUAUGUCAAUGUCCAUCAGUUUGAUAUCAUCCUUGAUGUAUUAUUAGUGAAUCAGACUAUGGACACCCUACAAAACCUCUCAGUGGAAUUUGCAACCCUUGGAGACUUGAAGGUUGUGGAGCGACCUACUACGCAAAAUCUUGGUCCCCAUGAUUUUCUCAAUGUGCAGGCCACCAUCAAAGUGUCCUCAACGGACACCGGCGUCAUUUUUGGCAACAUUGUGUAUGACGGAUCUAGCUCGAUGGAGUCGCACGUUGUCAUUCUUAACGAUAUCAAAGCAGAUGUUAUGGAUUAUAUCCAACCUGCCCAUUGCACUGAGAUCCAGUUCCGGUCUAUGUGGACUGAAUUUGAGUGGGAGAACAAGGUAGAUCUCCUUUCAAAAGGCAGGAAUUUACUAGACUUCCUACAGCAGAUUAUGAAACGCACUAAUAUGAGCUGCCUAACGCCGGAAGCUUCGCUCGAAGGCGAUUGCCAGUUCUUGAGUGCAAACUUGUAUGCAAAGAGCAUUUUUGGCGAGGAUGCUCUUGCAAAUGUAAGUAUUGAAAAACAGGGUGAAGAUGGCCCUAUUACUGGAUUUGUGAGGAUACGGAGCCGUUCUCAAGGCCUAGCGCUAAGUUUGGGCUCCUUGCAGGGGUUGAAGGCAAAUGCGUAG